AUGUAUGCGUUGGUCGAUCCGAUCUGUCAAGUCAAGGAAUCUAGGAGCCUCAUUACUGAUAUCUUGAAGCAAAAGCAGCGGGAAUCCUGGCAUGUUCCUUCGAACGCAAGCGCAAGAAUUGCUCCUGAUCAACAUCGGCAGUAUAGGAUAGAAGGGACCGACUCAGAACCAUACCACAAUGGCCAGUACAACAGUCAGUCUUCUCACCACCAUACGAGGGGAAGCCCUGAUCUAGGCGAUUUGGAUAUCGCCAAAGCAUGUGGUGAGGUGUCUGGAGACCACCAACUGCGGUUUAGCCGCCAGAAAUCUUCAACAGGAGUAGAACACGCAGUAAAGAAUGCCCAAGGCCUUUCUGGCAGGCCCGAAAAUGCUGUUCGCUCUACUGAAAAAUCUACUUCUCAGAAUGAGACCAACACCUUCUCACACAAGAAGGACAAACGAGUCACGCGACGCCUGGAAGCAGAGAGGAUAGAGCUUGAGAAACGACUCUUGAAGCUCGAACAGACACAAUUGGCAGGGAACCAUAACUCACCGAAAAGGGAGUCUCGUCGCCUAACAAAGAAGCAGCCCCUCGGUAGCUCUAGCAGGGGCUCUAGCGUGAGUGCUGAUGAAUCUCGACCUUCCUCGAGGCGUCUUUCUGGCUUGUUCUCAAUCCCUAGGCGUGCAUCAACGUCACGAUCAAGCUCUGUAAAUGGCAGGAAUGGCGAAGAAUCAACGGAUAGUGCACCUGUUCCAGCGAAAACACUACCGGACGAUGUUUCAACCUCACGGGUUGCUAAACCCUCUUUAUCCACAAGUUUGCCGGAGCGAUUUAGUGCAGUAAUAUCAAAAGAGUUAAUUGUCAGGAGCAAUGCUCUGCUUCAAGACCAAACGUCACCAGCGCAGUCACCGUCGUCACCAGCGACCACAGCUGCAAUGAACCAAUCGGAGACACUAGAGUCGAACGAAGAACGCCCCUUGCAGAAGCCUGAGCCAACCUUAGACUAUGCAAAGCAGCAGAUUGACGAUCAUGGCGAAUCGCCAAAGUCACGUAGCUUACAGACGUCGCCUGAUUUGGACCCAUUAUCGUUCGCAGCGACUCUGCACCUCGCAAAAAGGGCUCGAGGUAACAAUCACUUCAAGGACCAGUCUCCAGACAAGGUUCAGCACCCGUCGUUUGUCCAGAGGGAUGUAACACAGAAUGGAAAGCUCUACGACCCGCAACCUCUCGGGUCAUCGAAGAUGGGCGCCGUUUCCCAACCGAACCCAAAGACAAUUGACAACUCAAGCAGCUUGCCAACUAAGGUAUCAGUCAAGUCUGUUCCCAGGAGGACUUUCAAACCAUCCCCCCUUGCAGGUGACUCGACAAGCGGUGGGAGUUCUCGGUCACUCGCCGGAAACGCCAGCGUUUGGCGCUCGCGCAACUCGGGAGGAUCCAGUGGCGCGAGACGGACUCCAUCCUCCUCAAUGGUAACGGUAGCAACGCGCAUAUCUUCUGCUGUGGAAUCUUUGCAAGUCUCACAACCUUCAACCAAUAGCCAAUCGGAGACAGAGAGGGAAGGGAGGGCACAAGAUAGUGCUUCUGAGCGUACGCCCAAGUCGAACAAUUUGGCAAACACUCGUGUCUCGAAAGAACAAGAAGCUCUUGAUUACGCUUCUUCGCAACAUCCACGGAUUCGUCAUUUGACUCGAACAUCAGCACCGGUUUCAAAUCCCCCACAGCUGUCUGUGAAAUCGCGAAUCCAGACUUCAGAAAAUGACAAGAAUAUUAAUCACCUGAGCGUGAAACAUAAUCGCCAAGAAGCUCAAGCCAUACAUGGUGCCCAAACCGCGAGGGUCAACCAGGAUGUGCCUCCCAUGACAGAGCACAAAUCAGGUAGAAGACUUGAUGCCCGGGGAUUUGCAACACCAGGCAGCGCAUCUUCACGAAGCUCAUCUCCAGAGCCUUGUUCGGAAGACUACAAUACUGCCGAUGAAGCUGGAUCGAUAGGAUCUGUACCCCGAGCCAAUAAUGACUGCUUGGAUGGUAAGUCUGCAGCAGCAUCUGGCCCCUGUUUUGUGCAGAAUACGAUCGAAUCGAACGACUCUACCUGUGUGGGCAAAUUCACGGAUGUCGCGGUAUCCAAGGCGGGCGACCCUCAAGGUGACAGGCCAGCCACGGAGACAGGAGUCUGUCAGAGAAAGCAGUCGACCACGAAGACUUUUGUGAUAUGUUGUUCAUGUAAAUACUGGCAUGAUAUGCCGCCUGAGAGUUAUUCGAAGGUCGCUAGUCCAGAUACUUGCUCAGUCCCUACCAGAAAAGGCCCGACUCUUCUUGGUCGCAGUUCCUCUUUCGCACAAAAAUCGAGCCGGAAAUUGACUCGCAGUACCCAGAUUAAGUCUGCCUUACUGAAUGAGCGAUCUGUCAGCGAGAGGGCCACUAUAGGAUCGGCAACAAGGUCUCGAUUUGCGGACGCCCCUUUACGGUGCUGUUGGUGCGACCAUCCGAUGAACAGGCAUUGUUGUGAGGGAUGGACUACUACGGUCUACAAGCAUGAGAGGCAAUUUUGA